CGAAGUGAUGAGAGAAGACAUAGAAAAUGAGGAAAUGAUUCUACCAGUACCCGAUUCAAGUGAUGAAGAGACUUCUAUAGAACCAGUAGCUUCUCUUCAAAGUGUACAGGUAGCUGGUGUUGAUUUGCACCUCCAACAUGAUAAGACAGAAGGUUGUGGCGGGAUGGUUUGGGAAUCUGGAAAAGUUCUCACCAGGUAUAUUACGCAAAAGAAGUUAGCUAGCUAUGAGAAUACGACAGUGUUGGAACUUGGAGCUGGUACAGGUAUUGUUGGUCUCGCACUCUCAAAAUUGGUUCCUUCAUCAAAAGUAUACAUCACAGACAUACCCCAGAUCAUGCCCUUAAUAGAGAAAGGAAUACGCAUUAAUGAGCUAACAAAUGCCAUACCAGAGACACUUGUAUGGGGAGAACGAUUACCGAGACUUGAUAGUAACCCUAGUGUUCUUCUACUAGCAGAUUGCGUAUAUUAUGAACCUUCAUUUCAACCGCUGGUAGACACGCUAGUGGAACUUACGGAUAGAUAUACCAUAAAGGAGAUACUCUUUGCUUACAAAAAACGCAGAAGAGCUGAUAAGCAGUUCUUCAAGAUGCUAGCGAAACGAUUCAAAUAUAACCAAGUUACUGAUGAUCCAGACGCUGAAAUCUACAACAGGGAUAGCAUAUCAUUAUUCACUUUGGAGAGAAGAAUGUAGUUGUAGAUUCAUACUUUAUAUUUUCCAUUUUCAUAUGAGGACAACGACGAUACUGAUAACUCACUCGAAUUGACACCCAGAGAAGACAACACACUAUCAUCCGUCCUUUAUUAUAAUACUGUGUAGUAAAAAAGGUAUAGUUUUCCAUUAUAGAUGUCAGCAUCUUUUGACACAGAUUGUGCAAUGAACAAAAU